AGUUCCCGCGAGACUCGCGAACCGUUUAAGGAGGAAGAAGAAGAAGAAGAAGAGCGUGUUGUUGUUUGUUUAGAUUUUUUCGCAGGCAAAAUGGGGACUCUUUCUUUCUUUGUCCGUGUUCUAGCACAGUUCGCUCUGCUUUCGUGCACACUGGCGUCAUCGGAGGUGUUCAAUAGCGUGUUGGGAAACACGGCGUCCUGUCACAAGUCGUGUGAAAUGACAUACAGUUUGCACACGUAUCCGUCGGAGGACGAGCUGUACGCCUGUCAGAGAGGCUGCCGUCUCUUCUCCAUUUGUCAGUUUGUCCGUGACAGUGACGAUCUGAAUCAGACCAAAUCCGAGUGUGAAUCAACCUGUCGUGAGGCCUACUCCCAGACUGAUGAGCAGUAUGCAUGCAACCUGGGCUGUCAGAAUCAGCUUCCAUUUGCAGAGAGACGAAAUGAGCAGUUGGAGGCCAUGAUGCCAAGGAUUCACCUGCUGUACCCUCUAAGUCUUGUCAGAGGGAUUUGGGGCGACAUAAUGAGUCAGGCCCACAGCUUUAUAACCUCCACGUGGACGUUUUACCUCCAGGCCGACGAUGGCAAAAUCGUCAUUUUCCAGUCUGAGCCACAAGUCAAGUUUUUCUCCCUGUUUUACGUGGACGAAGAAGUCAAAGAAGAGCCGGAGAAAAGCUUCCCCGGGUUUGGCAGUCCAGUUUACAAAGAAUACCAGCGCUCUUUCAUCCAGGAGAGGGACAGAGAUUUGAGCGGGGACCGCAGCUACGAUGAUGAGUACAAGCUCUUCGGUUGCCUUUCAAGGAACUCAUGGCUACCAGGGUGGAUCCUUACCACUACCCUGAUCCUGUCUGUGCUGGUCCUGAUCUGGAUCUGCUGUGCCACCGUGGCAACAGCUGUAGACCAGUAUGUACCUGUCGAGAAAUUGAGCAUCUAUGGAGACAAAGAGUUCACAAAGGAAGAGAAACUGAUCCCCUACCCAGCAUCCUCCCUGCUGAUCAUCACCUCCAAAGGGCCAGAGGAAGAGGCCGGGCCACUACCUUCCAAAGUGAACCUGGACCAGUCCAACAUCUAGAAGCCAAAGAUGUAGUAAACAAAAAAAUGAAAAAGGGAUUUCCUCCUUUCUGAAUAGUCUUAGAUUGUUUUUUAUCCUCUGGCACCAGACCUGUGCUUCUUGCGGUCUAAUCAGGAGUAACUUUCAGCACAUUUUGAUAUAAUGCAUCGUUUCCCUUUUGAAGCUUCUAAAACUGGAGUCAUCAAAAGUUGUUUUUUUUUUCUCUAUAUAUUGGUAUGAUUGUGGCAUUAAAGGGAUUGCAGAAAAAAAAGGGUUUUGGACUUUCCCUACAUUUUGAUUUGUGAAAAAGUUGUCUGGUGGUGUGCUUUAUUUUAUUGAAUACUUUUAAAAAAUAAACGAUUUGUGUAAAUGAAGUGAUCCAGGUUUAACUCUUUAACUUGAGUUUUCUAUAGAUAUGUGCAGAUAUGGCAGAUUCUCCCAGUUUGUUCUUACAUUACUACUGCAGUGAUUUCCAGGUGAUAUUGAAUUUUACAAUGAAAUGUCCUGCUUUGAAUCUUAAUUUAUAGUGAUGGUACAUACACUAGGUCUGUCUGCUUCACUGAUGUCUGUUUGCCUAAUGAUGGAUCAGAAUAAAAUACAAAGA